GCUCAAGAUAGCCAUGAGGCAUCUUGACCUCGGGGGAUCGCGCCUGAUUCACGGCAGCCUCCAUCCACCGUUGCCUGCUCAUCGUGGCGAUACCUCGUACGCUACUCUGGCGAGAUGCUUCGUAGGCUUCGAGCUUCUUCGCGCCCAGCCUGGCCUUAUCGGCGCUUCUGACGGCGCUCCCUCUGCUGUUUGCACAUGUUUGGCGCUUUCGGUCUUGCUGCGCCUGCGCUUCAAGCUGCAAUCUCUUCACCUCCCCCGUCAAGACCGCCGUAUUUCGACACUCGCAUUCCCACCUACGCGUACCAGCGACAUUAAACAUGACCUCGACGGCGGAUAUGAUGGUCCCCUGGCUCCACUUUACGGGGGGCGAUAACCUACUCUUCGCUACUUGGCAUCCGUCGUCGAAGGGGGCUAUCGCCGGUGCUUGCAUCGGCUUGGCUCUCCUCGCAUUCUUCGAAAGAUGGGUGAACGGUAUGCGGGGUGCUGCUGAGGCUUAUUGGGGACGGAGGGCCUUGGCAUUGAUGUCGGACAACGAUCCCGAACCAUCCUGUCACUCCCCUUCCGCUUCUGCUGAGCCGAAGGGUUCUGCAUCCGUAGAGGAACUGAAGAUCAGUGAGCUCGCGUCGCAGGACAGUACCCCUCGCCAGCGCCGGUCUCGCCGCACCCUCCCCCCUUUCAUUCCCUCCCACGACAUUCCGCGCGGCCUGCUGUACGCCUUCCAGGCGCUGCUCACGUAUGCACUGAUGCUGGCAGUCAUGACCUUCCAGGCCGCCUUCAUCAUAUCGAUCAUUGUGGGAUCAGGCAUUGGGGAGGUACUCUUCGGUCGCGUCGGCGGCGCCAAGAGCCACCUGUUGCACUGAGUUUGAAGCCUACUACGACAGAUGUACAUGUACGAUAUUGGUUGGACAGUCUGGUUUUUGGAUGUAUGCUUGCUACCUGCCGAGCAAUUCACGAAUAUCUACGCCCACACGUUGGACGUGGUUACCGC